AUGUAAGUUAAAUAAUGCAUGUUUUGCCAAAAAUUAGCCACUGACGGAUCUUUUCAGUUAAUUCUCAAAAGAGCUUUGUAUUCCAAGUACUCACAGUCAUAAAACUUUUUUUAUGAAAAAGACAUUAAUGAUAUUUUGGAGGAUAAGUAAGUAAAAUCUACUAUUCGGAACAAAGAUAAUGCCUAGAUCGGAGAGGAAAAGGAAUUCAUGCGAAGAUUUUAUAGAUAUUUUGAAAGUGAUGAUAGAAUUCCUUCUUUAUUGGAAUAUUAUAAAUACCACAUUAAUAUCCCAAGAAACUUUCAUUGUAAGGUUAUAAAUAAAAGAAUGGAGAAAGUCAGAGAAAUCUAAUAUUGCAAAGUGAAAAUUGAACUAGGACUCUAUGAGGAAGCAAAACAAUAGACUCCUACCAAAGUCAAGGAUUCCUCUGACGAUUGCUCUGUUAGUCAACUCAAGUAUUUAUUAAAAGACCUCAAACUUUAAUCUACCGAUAUCUCCAGAAUCAGUAAUACAACUGUUCUCAAAGACCUAGUCCAAAUGAUAGGCGAACCAAAAACUAAACCAAAACCAUUUUAAAUUUUUAAUCAAAACAAACAAAUUCAAAAUUAAUUUAAGCCAUCCCAAGAGGCUUAAAGACUCAUAUAUUAACAUUGUCAAGGAACCUUAAAGAAAACUAUUGAAAUGUAAUUAAAAUAAACAAAACAAAUCAACUCUCCUCCCUUAACUUAACGUAUUGUAAAACCCAUUCAAACAUCCAGGCAAUCUUCAGCUCAUAAAUAACCCUCUAAAGCUGAUAACCAAGCUUAAACUAUAAAAAAACCACCUUAAUUAAAAUAAAGAUAAGCAUCACUUGGAAACAUUGAAUUCACUAAAUCUUGCUUAACUACAGCUCGAAAUACACCUCAAUAAAAUGAGUUACUCAUUGAAUUAGCCAAGAAAAUGUUCUCUACUAAAAUGACUAUUAAUGGCAGUAAUUAAAAGAAAAAAGCAAUUCAUUUGAAUUAGCAUCAAAACUUUUUUGUAAAGGGUAGAACUAAUUUAGCAAAUAGCUCGAAGAAUUUCGAAGAUUUAAAGAGUUCCAUGAGGAGUUUAAGAUCAAGACAUCUUACUCCAAGUUAAAUUUGUGUUUCAAAUCAUGGAACUCCUAAAAUUAAAAAAAAAUGA